UCGCCGUCCAAUCCAUCCCUCCGCCAAGAUGACUGCUGCGUGGAAAGCUGCCGGUUUGACCUACAACCGCUUCCUGGCCGUUUCGGCCCGCGCCAUUCGACGAAGCCUCAAGGAGGACAAGCGAAUUGUUGCUGAGCGCCGUGCUACUUCCGAGCUGCGAUUUGCUCCCUGGAAGAACGGCAAGGCCGGCGAGACCCGAGACCUCAACGCUGCCAACGCUGCUGCCAUUGCCGAGAACGCCUCCUCUUAAAAUGGAUGUCUGAGAAGAAAAAAAACUCGAGUGGAUGAGACGGGGGUGGAGUGAUCUUACAAUAGACGGUGGGAAACGAUAUGAGAAGAGCCAUGCAAAUGGGUUAGAACUCCAUAUUGCUAGCGUUGUAAAAUAAAUAACUGCUGCAAUACACCAAUAUAUUAUGGCAAUUGAAUUAUGGUAUCCGGCCAUAGGAGCAUUUUCUGGGUCAA